UGACGCUGUAAAACCUAUAUGGAGCUUUCACAAGUUUGACUUUACUAGAAAUGUUCCCAAAACUCCUAAUCAUGGCUUGAAUGGGCAUACGUCGUGCGUUUAUGUAGAUCUAUCAUGGGUGGUGGUACAUGGCUUUAGGUAGUGGAGGGGUGCACAGGUGUCGCGUUGUUGACUGUGUUAACCUGCACCAAAAAGCUAGCUUCUAGUCUCCAUAGUUCUAGCUUAAACCAGUGGCGAUCAGAUUAAAAUAGGUUUCUUUUCGUAACAUCAACGUCAAAAUGUUCAGAAAUAAUUAUGACAAUGACUCAGUGACAUACUCCCCGACUGGAAGACUUUUUCAGGUGGAGUAUGCGUUGGAGGCGAUCAAACAAGGCAGUGCGGCAGUGGGAAUCGCUUCCGCCAACCAUGUCGUGUUGGUUGCUUUGAAAAGAAAUGCCGAAGAUCUUGGAAGCUAUCAGAAAAAGAUCAUAAAAGUUGAUGAUCAUAUGGGAAUUGCUUUGGCUGGAUUGGCUCCCGACGCUCGCGUGUUAUCUAACUAUUUGAGAAAACUUGCAAUGAACUCGAAACUUGUCUUUAAUAGGCCAUUGCUGACCAGUAAGGCUGCUUUUUCUUGCGCCGACAAGGCACAGGAGAAUACUCAACUGUAUGGAUCGAGACCAUACGGUGUUGGCUUGCUUAUUGGUGGAUGGGACGAGACCGGUGCACACUUGUAUGAGUUUCAGCCAUCCGGAUCAGUAUUGGAGUACUAUGGCGCUGCUAUUGGCGCUAGAUCACAAGCGGCAAGGACAUACUUGGAGCGUAACUUGGAAGUUAUUCGCGGAUGCCAGGACAUCGAGUCUCUUGUUGUUCAUGGGUUGAAUGCAUUGCGCGAUACUUUAUCCCAAGAUAUGGAAUUGACUAUUCGGAACACGACGGUCAGUGUUGUUGGCAAAGACCAAGAGUUUGUCAUUUACGAAGAUGAAGACGUCCAGCGCUGGUUGGGUAAACUUGACUCUACCUCGAAUGCACGCAACAAUGAUGACGACGAUGAUGAUGAAGAGGGUGACAAUGCAGAAAAAGCGCACAGUGCUCCGAAAGACAAAUCCAAGGAUCAGGCUGACACGGAAGAGAAGCCUCAAGUCACUGGAGGUGAUGCAUCAGAGACCUCAGAUAAAAUGGAAACCGAUUAGAUGCCAAUACACGAUUAUCAUGUGAAACCUUAACUAUGUACAAUCUCCCCUUUUUCACUUUCCCCCUGUGUUCAAUUCCUGUUGCUUCUGGGCAACUUUUUGUAUGCUGGCCAUACAUAUGCUUU